AUGAAAAAUUCAAUUUUAAGUUUGUUAAUAUUUGCUGUUUUGGAGGUGGCGUUUGGUAGUGAACAUAAUCGUACUGGUGCUUCUUCACAUUAUUAUUCAAGUAAGAUUUGACCAUUGAAAUAAAAAUAACAUAUAAAGAUAAAACAUAAAGAGAUAAUACUAAUACAGCGAAAAGAUCCAAAAUUUACAGAAUAUCCAAGGAGACCAUAUUAUGUUAUGUAUUUUGCGAAUGAUAAAAUGGGAAGACUAGUAAAAAUUGAUUUACAUCGACCAUAUUCUUUUAUUUUUGGUCAAGAAUGCUUUGAAAUUAAUAAAUGUUCAACCAACAGUCAUGGUUUGCCAUAUAAUGCAACGUAAGACAAUUUUAAAAAUGGACCACUCGCCCCUGCCUCUGCGCUUCCCCUACCCCCUACCCCCCUACCCCCUACCCCCCUACCCCCUACCCCCCUACCCCCUACCCCCUACCCCCCCUACCCCUACCCUUAUCCUUACCCCCCUACCAAGAUUAUUCGAAACCCUACCUUUUUUAUCUCUGAUUUAUCCCCUCCCUAUCCCCUAACUCAUGUCCGAUCGCUACUCUUAUCUCAACCUUUACCCACAACCCUACCCCCCAUGUUUACCCUCAAGCUUAACAGGAACAAUAUCUAUAAAAUUCUAAGAUCAAUCACAAUAUUUAGUAGAAGCAAAUCCCAACCAAUAACAAAUGCGUACCUACAAGAACCCCCACAAAUUUUUUCAAACCAUUUUACCGGUCAAUUUUACAACGAUUCUCUAUGGCUUAACGAUGACAGCUUGCCAUUAGACGUGGCUGUAAUUACAGAUGGCAAUCGUCAAGAAUCCUUUGAAUGGGACGGGGUUCUAGGCUUAGGCUUAGACUUUGGUAGGCCUGAUUUGAAUACUCUGGCAGUCGAAAAGUUGUUUGAUAAUUAUGACCAAAGGCGGAUUUUAAUUCAACAAGGUCAUAACUACAUUAGUAGGACCAAACAGACCAUCAAGGGGUACAAACAUUUGUUGAGUGAGGGUGUGAUUACUUUUGGCAAUGAUAGUAGUCCAUUAUGUGAAGAGUUUGAUUACUAUAACACUAAGAAUGGAAAAACUUGGCAGUUGGUGGCAGAGUAGGUCAUAUUUAGAUCAAAUUGUAUUUACUGUUUUGUAAAGAAAGUUCUUGCAAUUUUUUGUUUUGUAAAGAAAGUUCUUGCCAUCUUUUGUCUUGUAAAGAAAGUUAUUGCCAUUUUAAAUUUUGUAUAGAAAAUUCUUGCCAUUUUUUGUUUUGUAAAGAAAGUUCUUGCUAUAUUUUUUUCUGUAAAGAAAGUUCUUGCAUUUUUUUGUUUUGUAAAGAAAGUUCUUGCCAUUUUUUGCUUUGUAAAGAAUGUUUUUACAGUGUUUUCAUUGGCUUUGACAUUUACUACAACCAAACCAUAUCAUUUCUACCGGGCGAAUACACUCAAGUGCCUUACCACGUAUUCAAGAAAUACUUUAUUUCAAAUGACACUAAAAACCCUAACAUUUUUCAAUCUGAAGAUGACCUACCGUAUCUUGGGUUUACUUUAAAUGGAAAUGACUAUAUGAUUACAAAAGAGGAUUACUCUUGGGUUACCAAGGCUGUAAGUCGCACAUGUUUUUAAAAUUAGAUUGAAGAGGAUAGUAAAAGAUAGAAUAGGUACUUUUGGGUAGGGAGUAUAAGGUAGGGUAGGACAGAGUAGAAUAGGUGGUCUAGAUUAGACAUUAUAAGGCAGGGUAUGGGAGGUUUGCGUAGGAUAGAGUAGCGUAGGGUACUCUAGUGUAGGGUAAGUACUGUAGAAUAGAGCACUUAUUUCAAGGUACGGUAUGGCAGGGUAGGCGUACGUACAGUAACGACUGAUGUGUAGAUGACUUUAAAAGUCAAAUUUUAAAAAAAAUUUCAAAAAUUUAGAGGUAUUUUGAUAAAACCAACUACACGUUAACGCUAGAGUCGACCAAGUCCAAAUUAUAUGAUUUUGGAUUUGGCAGUGAAUUCCUUCAGCACUAUUGUAUAGCGUUGACCGCUGAUGAAGGCUUGAAAAACAUUCAACUUGGGCUAGCUAUUAACAACGAUGCUUAUACAAUAGUCUUGUCACUAUUAGUGGCUGUUUUCUUCGCUGUCUUAAGUAUUAUGAUCUAA